GCCCCACCGUUCCAGCAACUGCAGCCACGGCGCCGAUCGCCGCGCCUGCGGCCGCCACGGAUGCAGCGAAGUUCUUGAAAGAUUUCGCGGCGCGGCGCGGGCAAGGAAGCGCCCCGCAAGGCCCCACCAUUCCAGCAACGGCAGCCACGGCACCGCGAGCUGCUGCAUCUUCUGCUGCCCCCGCUGCCACCUCGGUCUCCUCUCUCUUCGAGGGUCCCCCGAGUGUGAGUGCAGCUUUUGGUCCCACGGCAAGCACACCGGUGCCAAAUGGAGCUUCAUCUGAUGCUGCAGGUGAGAUCCCCGCACCCGCGGAGCCACCGGCGCCAAAGGACCAGCCGAACGGAGCGGGCAGUCCAUCCGUAGCAUCAGAAG